AUGGAAAGCACCCAGCCUAGUGCACUCCUGGCUAGGCAAUUCUCCCUUGAUGUGGUGACCAAGGUUCCCUCAGAUAUGCCAAACAUUGCACAUCCGUGUACCAGCAGUCAAAGUGAUGAAUUUGUGCCGAUUGGUAAACAUAAAAUCCUCGUCCUGGAUGUGGGGCCUGCAGCUUCAAAGCCUCCCAGGAGGCCUGGGGAAAUAUUAGAGCUGAGUAUCAGCGGACAGCUUCAACGUGUCCUUGUCCGAAAUUUGAUAUUGCCCGACGGCCUGGAUAUUGAUCCUUCCAGCAACCGCAUGUUCUGGACGUGUAUGGGAACCCCGGGUAAAAGAGAUGGCACCAUUCUCUCAGCCGACUUGGAUGGCGGCAACAUUCGAACUGUUAUCGCUCCAGGAGCAGUCAACACCCCAAAACAGCUUGCGAUCGUCCCUUCUACGGAGCAAUUGUAUUUCUGCGAUCGUGAAGGCCUUGGUGUCUGGCGGUGCAAGUUUGACGGCUCAUGCCUCGAAAGGCUUAUACAGACCGCGGAUGAGUAUAACAGUCAGGAUGCGUCAAAUGGCAGGAAUUGGUGUGUUGGCGUCGCGGUAGCUCCAAGACUGGGCAAAAUCUUCUGGACGCAAAAAGGCCCAUCAAAGGGUGGAAGCGGGCGUAUCUUCUCCGCCAACCUCGACAGUCCUACCAGUCCGAUCGUGGAGUCUCGCAAAGACGUUCAGUGCAUCCUGAGUGGUCUUCCAGAACCUAUAGAUCUCAAGGUGGAUGAAUCAUCCCAUACUCUUUAUUGGACAGAUCGAGGAGAGCAGCCCUUUGGUAAUACAUUAAAUAAAGCUCUCCUGGAUGAAGCUGGUAUGUUCGUGCCUGUCGAUACAUCCAUGGGAUACGAGAUUCUGGCUCAAGACUUUAAUGAGGCAAUUGGCCUGGACUUAGAUCCCACAAACAGGUGCGCAUAUGUCACAGACCUUGGUGGUACCCUGUAUCGAUGCGAUCUUAACACUGGCCACAAAGAGAGCAUCCAUAUCGACCCGAGCCGUAGAUUUACGGGAGUAAGGUACAUUUAUGCAUGA